UGGCAGUUGUGUAGAUCACUGAGAGACUAAGAGGGUCCAGUCCAGUUUUAAUUCUGUCUCUAAUCUCUGCCACAGCAGUGCUUUCCCCAACAGCCCCAGCUCGGGCGUCUCUGUCUCUCUCUCUCUCUCUCCAGCCUGAUCCACAGCAAAAACAUGCCACUGGCUUCCUCACAAUGGAAACCCUAGAGGGAAAAGUGGCCCCAGAUGCGCAAGCCUGAGGAUUCGGUACAAAGAGGUGCACAACAUGAAGACCCUGAUGCGCCAUGGGCUGGCGGUGUGUUUAGUGCUCACCACCAUGUGCACCAGCUUGUUGCUCAUGUACAGCAGCAUCGGCGGCGGGGGCCCGAAAGAGCCGAGCCAGCAGCAGCAGCAGGUGGCGGUGGCGGCCAGUGGGAAGCCGGAGACCGAGCCGUCGGGCAGCAGCCAGCAGCGCCGGAGGCUCCCUGUGGGGGCUGGGCUCCUAGAGGGCUACAUCAGUGUCCUGGACCACAAGCCUUUGAAAAUGCACUGCAAGAGUUGUGCACUGGUAACCAGUUCUGGACACCUUUUGGGAAGCAAACAAGGCAACAGAAUCGACCAGACUGAGUGUGUAAUACGAAUGAACGAUGCACCCAGUCGAGGUUAUGGAAAAGAUGUUGGAAACAAAACUAGCCUUCGAGUCAUUGCACAUUCUAGUAUCCAGAGAAUUCUGCGAAACCGCAAUGAACUGUUAAAUAUGAGUCAAGGUACUGUGUUUAUCUUCUGGGGUCCCAGCAGCUAUAUGAGAAGAGAUGGAAAAGGUUUGGUUUAUAAUAAUCUGCAAUUGAUGAAUCAGAUACUACCUCAAUUAAAAGUAUAUAUGGUUUCUCGGCACAAGAUGCUUCAAUUUGACGACCUCUUCAAACGGGAAACUGGCAAAGACAGGAAGAUAUCCAACACUUGGCUUAGCACAGGAUGGUUCACAAUGACUAUCGCAUUAGAACUCUGUGACAGGAUAAAUGUUUAUGGCAUGGUGCCACCAGAUUUCUGCAGGGAUCCUAAUCAUUCUUCAGUACCUUAUCAUUAUUAUGAACCUUUGGGACCUGAUGAAUGUACAAUGUACAUUUCACACGAGCGGGGACGAAAGGGCAGCCAUCAUCGUUUUAUCACAGAGAAACGAGUGUUUGAGAACUGGGCACGGACAUUCAAUAUUCACUUUUUUCAACCAGACUGGAAACCAGAAUCACUUACGAUAAAUCACCUGGAGAUUAAACCCGUGUUCUGAGGAAUGAAUGCACAAGACUGCAAUCACAAUCACCUACUGUAUCAGGCUUCAGGGUAUUGAACCUCGCAGAAGAACAAGGCAAUCUAAAAAAGCAAGGUUAACAGGAUUUGUGGGUGGAAACCACUACAAUAUUCAGGAAGUUCUCGCGAAGGAAUACAUAAAAGGACAUUUUGUAUCCAAUUGUAUUAUAAUCCAAUAAUUAACAUUGUCCAGCCAGCUCACCUCCUGUCUAAGUAUGUGAUCUGUAAAAAGCAACUUGACUAUCAUUAAUGGGAUGUUUAAUUCAUUAUAGUUUUUUAAAGCACGUUGCCACUGAAUUUUCAUAGUGAAAACUUAAAAUACUUAUUUAAUGGAGGUUUUUAUGCAGGCUAGGCCAGUAUUUUUCUAAUUCACAAUUAUGUGAUUAUCUUUCAUAAGCCUUCAAAUCCAAAAUAUAUUGCUGGUCGUAUAGAAAGGCCUAACUUCUUGUUUAUAAGUUUUCCCUUUGAAAAAUAUGAUUCUAUUGAGCAUGUAAUUAAUAUUUGAUCUGGAAAUGUUGUAUUUCUUUUUAAAUGGCUGGGCUCCACUCCAAGGUAGAGUCUUUAACGGCAAGAAAAUUCCCAUGUGAAGAUCGUGUGUGAGAUGCUACAGUCUGACAUUUCACAUUAAUAUGAAAAUGGCAAAGAAAAUUCCUUUUGAUGUAAAUGUGCACUUGCAGCUAUGAUGUCAGGCUGCUCUUUCUUAAUGGAGACGGGGUAGAGGGCAGGGCAAGGUUUACUAGAUUUUAUCCUGGGAUAUCACCACCAUCUGUGGCACUGUGUGUAUAAUUAAGACUGAGAAAUGAGAGGGGCCACUUCAGGAGGUCAGAGGACGCUCACUAACUCCAUUAUUCUGUUUGGCCUUUUAUACUUCCCACUAACUCUGUAAUCCUCCCAUUUCCAGCUGCAAUCUGCAGACAGCCCGCAAUGGAUUAAGAGUAUAUGAACUGAUGCCUUCCCCUACGAUAGGUACUUAUGUGAUGUUCCUAAGUCUACACCAACCAGCAGAAUAGAAAUCGUAUGGCAUCAAUCACAUGAGAUAUAACGUUACCAUUCCAAACUCUCUCCCAUCCAUUUCCCCAGUAACUUUCUUCUCAUAGAUCCUGGGUCACAGAGAGAUUAGGAGCCUGAGUGGAUUGAGUUCAGUGGUUCUGAGACUGUCCCCUUGAGGACAAAAAGUAGCAGAACAUGGCAGGUUCUUCAUGAGGCACAUGUGGCUAGUUCCUGUGAAUUACAGGGGUGGACGCUAAUAGUUCGAUAUAUGGAAAUUCACAGUGGGUCUUAUUGCAUUAUAAUGGUUUGUGCAGAAAGAUGGAUUUCAUUUCCAGUGUUAUUUGUCCUUUCACCUCCCAACAACUAAAACUCAAUCACUUCUUCGAAGUAAUUGUGGGGAGUAAUUUACUUAUUACAUGAAUGCUAUAAUUCAGGCGAUAAAGCUCCUUCAUUGUACAAAGAGUGAAACCAAAGCUAUUGUUAAUGGUUGAUCUUAAACUGUCAAAAGUCAGGAAGCUCAAAAGUGAGGUGCAAUACACCGAGGCAGUGGGAUCACACUGGGUGUACACAAUUUGCCCAAAGUCACACCUGAUGGGAGUAGCUGCACCUCCUCUGGAAGUCUCUGCAUCAUACUCAGCCAGGACAUAAACGGUGGUGGCAUUUGGUUAGAAAAUGGGUGUAAUGGGUCAUAUAGCAUAAUUUGCACCAAUUUAUGAUUCCAUGAGAAUCUAAACUGUAACUGCAAAGAGGUGGAAGGGAUGCAGCAAGUAGGAUACAGCAGUCCUUCUACUUUGCCUCAGUUGGUAUUUUUUUCCCCUGCUACUUACUCUUUCCGUCUGGAAACCCCUGAAUGCAAAACUAGUACAAGUUACACUACUUGGCCAAUUAUUUACCCCCAUGCUCUGGCCAAUUUCCAGCUGAUGUUUAAUUUCCACCAUUUAGGGAAGGAGUUCUCAAACUUCAUUGCACCAUGACCCUCUUCUGACAACAAAAAUUACUACACAAUGGGGGACCAAAGCUUGAGUCCUGCUGCCCCAGAUGUGGGGGCCAAAGCCCAAGCCCCAUCACC